AUGUCUUCACUCUGUACAUUCCUCUUCCUUCUUUCUCUAACCUUCACCCUCACUUCAUCUUCAUCUUCAUCACAAACCCAAACCCUUCUUUCCUUCAAAUCCACCAUUCAAGACACCAAAAACACAUUAUCAACAUGGUCCAACACUUCCCUAAACCACUUCUGCAACUGGACAGGAAUCUCCUGUUCUUCAACUUCAUCACCAUUCUCAGUAACCUCUGUCAACCUCCAAAACCUUAACCUCUCGGGUGAUAUCUCAUCUUCCAUAUGCAACCUCCCGAAUCUCUCUGAUCUCAACCUUGCUAACAAUGCAUUUAACCAACCUAUCCCUCUUCAUCUCUCUCAAUGUAGUUCAUUGAAAAGUUUGAAUCUUAGUAAUAAUCUCAUCUGGGGUACUAUCCCUUCUCAGAUUUCGAUGUUUGUUGCUUUGUCAGUGCUUGAUUUGAGUAGAAACCGUAUAGAGGGAAAUAUUCCAGAUGCUUUUGGUUCUUUGAAGAAUCUUCAAGUGCUUGAUAUGAAUACUAACUUGUUUUCUGGUGAUGUGCCUAAGGUGUUUGGUAAUUUGACUAAACUAGAAGUUCUUGAUUUGUCUUUGAAUCCUUACUUGGUGAGUGAGAUUCCUGAGGAUAUUGGUGAGCUUGGGAAUUUGAAGAAACUUCUUUUGCAGACUUCGGGUUUCCAAGGUGAAAUUCCUGAGUCUUUGAAGGGUUUGAAUAAGCUUUUGGGUUUGUUUCCGGAUGGUUUGUGUAGAGGAGGAAAAGGGCUUAUAAAUUUAAGUCUUCAUACAAAUGGGUUUACUGGGUUGAUACCAAAUUCAACUAGUGAAUGUAAGAGUCUUGAGAGGUUUCAAGUUCAGAACAAUGGGUUCUCUGGUGAUUUUCCUGUUGGGUUGUUUUCACUUCCUAGAAUUAAGCUCAUUAGAGGUGAAAACAAUAGAUUUACAGGGAAAAUACCUGACUUAAUCUCAGAAGCUUCUCAGUUAGAGCAAGUUCAGCUUGAUAAUAAUCUUUUUGAUGGUGAAAUUCCUUCAGGUCUUGGGUUAGUUAAAAGCUUAUAUAGGUUUUCUGCUUCUUUAAAUCAUUUCUAUGGUGAAAUUCCUCCUAAUUUUUGUGAUUCACCCGUUAUGAGUAUCAUGAAUCUCUCUCACAAUUCUCUUUCUGGUGAUAUCCCUCAGCUGAAAAAAUGCAGGAAAUUAGUUUCACUUUCUUUAGCUGAUAACAGUUUAACAGGAGAAAUUCCUAAUUCUCUAGCUGAACUACCUGUGCUUACUUACCUUGAUCUCUCGGAUAACAAUCUCACUGGUUCAAUUCCACAAGGUCUUCAAAACUUGAAGCUUGCACUUUUCAAUGUUUCCUAUAAUCAGUUAUCUGGUAGAGUACCGUACUCGUUGAUUUCCGGUCUUCCUGCGUCAUUUUUGGAAGGAAAUUCUGGUCUUUGUGGUCCUGGAUUGCCAAAUUCAUGUUCUGAUGAUAACAAGCCAAGACAUCACGUUGCCUCUGGUUUUACAACUUUGGUGCGUGCUUUGAUCUCUCUAGCAUUUGUUGCUGGAAUUUCUCUUGUUGCUGGUGGAUUUAUAUUGUAUAGGAGAUCUAGCAAAGGGAAUGAAGUUGCGAUAUGGCGCUCGGUGUUCUUCUAUCCUCUCAGAAUUACUGAACAUGAUCUUCUUAUAGGGAUGAAUGAUAAAAGCUCAAUAGGAAAUGGAAUUUUCGGUAAUGUUUAUGUUGUGAGCUUACCUAGUGGUGAUUUAGUAUCUGUAAAGAAGUUGGUCAAAUUUGGAAACCAGUCUUCAAAGAGUUUGAAAGUUGAGGUUAAAACUUUGGCUAAAAUCAGGCACAAGAAUAUUGUUAAGAUUCUUGGAUUCUGUCACUCUGAUGAGUCGGUUUUUCUCAUUUAUGAAUACUUGCAUGGUGGAAGCUUAGGGGACUUGAUUUGUAGUCAGAAUUUUCAGCUGCAUUGGGGAGUUCGAUUGAAGAUUGCUAUCGGAGUUGCUCAAGGACUUGCAUAUCUUCACAAGGAUUAUGUUCCUCACUUGGUUCAUAGAAAUGUCAAGUCAAAGAACAUUCUGUUGGAUGUUAACUUUGAGCCAAAACUUACACAUUUUGCUCUUGAUAGGAUUGUUGGAGAAGCUGCAUUUCAAUCAAUUUUGGAUUCUGAAGCUGCAUCUUCAUGUUACAUUGCUCCAGAAUAUGGAUAUAAUAAGAAAGCAAGUGAACAAUUGGAUGUGUACAGCUUUGGUGUUGUAUUGCUAGAGCUAAUUUGUGGAAGACAGGCUGAGAAAACAGAUUCAAGUGAUGACUCUUCACUUGACAUAGUGAAAUGGGUUAGAAGGAAAGUGAACAUUACUAAUGGGGUGAACCAAGUUCUUGACACUAGAAUAUCAGAUUCUUGUCACCAAGAAAUGGUUGGUGCUUUAGAUAUUGCUCUAAACUGCACUUCUGUGGUACCUGAGAAAAGGCCAUCAAUGUUAGAAGUUGUUAGAGGUCUUCAGUCUCUUGAAUCAAGGACUUGUAUUGCAAAUUUGCAGGGUCCCAAUGAUGAACCCUCUAUUCCAGUUUGA